CCUCUACAUAUUUUAAUGGGAUUUUAGCAGAUGGGCUGACUCAAAAUAGUGUUUAACUGUAAUGUUGAACAAAAACAACUUCUUUUUUUUUCAAAUGUGAAAACAAAAACCUGAAAAGUGUGGCAUGCAGUUGUAUUCCACCCCAUUCAUGCUUCUAAAUCAAAUCCAAAGCAACCGGUUUCCUUCACCAGUCACUCUAUUUACUUUAUACCCAGCUUACAGUUUUCAAGAAAUCAUUUAAGGGACACAGCAAAUAUGUAAAUGUUAAAUUUUAUAAUCUAAAGUCCUUUGUAAAGCAAAGCUACUUUUACUCCCUUUAUUAGUAAUCUGAUGUUAAGAUGCUCUCAGGAAGGAGAUAUUUCGCUUUUUUGUGCUUUAAUAUUAUUGUAAAGACAAUAUGUCAGUAGUUUCACAGACAUGAAGAGGAGCUGAUGUUUUUAAAUAACAAAGGCCUGUAAAUAAAAGUGGGUUCAUGUCGUCGCUUUAAGUGUUUCACAUUAAACUUGCAAACUAUAGUGAAAGAAAAUGAAGUAGCGCUCCACAGCACCGACUAGCCAACACACCGACGCAAAGUGCCGACCCAGAGCUUGCAGUCGGUCGUUGACUUCACAAGCCGUUCACAGUCUGAUUUAAGAUACAUCUGAAAUUAAACGCAGAGCCUGACAGGAUGUUUUCACAGCUUCUCGCCACACCAGCCGAGUUCUUCACGUGAUGCAGAACCGACACGUCUCUCACAGAAGACUUUGAUGGAUUUUUUUUUUCUUGCUGCCACACACAGUCGCCACUUCAGAGAAAAAAAAUUCUGCUUUGUGCUACACUUAAUUUCUAACUGAAGGGAUCCAGGUUACUAUUUUGAACGUCUUAACUGCAUGCAGAAGUGGUAAAACAGCGCCACCCUGAGGAGAACAAUAUGAACUGUGUUGGUAAGACAACUUUUUGCUCUUUUUGGUUUUCUGUGAAAUGUGUCUUCAUGUUAAAUUAUAACAUUAUACGUCAUUUACUGUGAGAACUUCACCAUGGUUCUCUCACCCUUAUGACAGUCACAAGCUUCAAAAGUGAAAUCGCACCAUUAAAAUUGAACAGAACAGAAAUAGAAUGUUCUUAAUUUUCCCUUGGUGAGGGAAUUAAUAAAUCUAAUAUAUCUUAAUCAAGCUAAACAGAGAUGUUAUUGUCCGUGAUGCAUAAUGAGGCUGGAAAAGAAAAAAAAAACAAAGCGAAAAUGAAAGGUCUUAUGAGUUAAAUGUGUAACCAAGACGACGGGAAAUCAGGAAACACAAACCUCUGAAACCACAAGGAAAAUCCUACUUCAUCAAAACAGUUGAACUCAUGUGAAACUGAAAAUUAGGAAGAAGCAAAACAAAAAAAAUCAAACAUUUUAUCUUGAAACAAACAUUUACUGUCUACUAGCUGAUCUGUCAUGCUUUUUGUUACCUAUUAUCCUCUCAAAACAUCUUAGUUGACUUCCAACAGCAACUGGUUGCUCUUCAGCUCAAACCCUGUGUCGCACUACAAGCACAAUAAAUACAUUUUAACUCAAAAAGGUUGAAAAUCCUGCGUCGUUUUCCUUCAGCUCAGCCCCACUUUGUGUUGGUUUGUGACUUAAAAUCUCGAAAAAAUACGUCGACGUUUGUGGUGGCAAUGUGUCAAAAUGCGAGAACUUCGAAAGGAACGCUACGCAAGGCCGUGUAUUUUCAGUUUUUAUUUUCUGGGUUUUUUAAAAAAAAAUUUUAUAGAUCAACGCAGGUAGAAAAAACAAGCUUCACAUCUGCUGGCCUGGUUUAGGCUGUGAAACCACAAGCAGAUCACCUCUAGCUGUUGCUUGCAAGGGUGUGAAAAGUCUCCCCCCACGGUGGGACACUGCAGCCAACCUCUUAACACGCCAGGCUACUUUUUUUUUUUAGACUUUAUUGUACAUUUCUGGCAACUUUAAUCAUUUCUAGUAUUAAAAUAAAGCUUAUCAUGUCAACCUUUGUGCCAUGAUAGCGCUUGCUUUGCUCUGCUUCAUUUUAAGGUCUAAAAAGUUCAUGUUGAUGCCUCCUAGAAGAUGCUUGCUGUUGAUGUUUUCCUCUUUAAGACACCAGAGGAAGUGUGCACUGUAAAAAAAAAAAAAAAAGAAAAGAAACAAGCCCCGCAGCACAUGUACGUGGCAAGACAGGAAAUAACCUCAAUGUUGGAAAGUUCUGCUCAAAGCGAUGAGGACGAUGAAGAAGAUGGCCUCGCUGCUGAGCGUCUGUGUGUUUCUGCUCUGCUGCUUCGCCGUUGUCGCCUCACAAGGUUGUGACCGUCUUGUUGCAGUGGGUGAAAACUUCAAUGUUUCUUCGGGAUACAAACCACAACCUACUGAGAAUCUGAAGUGGAAAUUUAAUGGCAAUAUACUAUUUUUUAAAAGAUCAGGAAAAGUAAUUGCAGGUAAACCUGAUGAUAUUAAUAAUGACGGAUCCCUCAAACUGACAAAUCUGAAGAUGAACCAAGCAGGACGUUACACCAGUGAGGUUUUUGAUAUCAAUGGAAAAGAACGGGCCACAAAGACCACAAAUCUAUGUAUACUGGACCCCGUGAAGAAGCCCACGUUAAAUAUUACCUGUCUGGCCUCAGAGGUCGUCUUUACCUGCAGUCAUGAUCCGCAACCUGAUGGUACAAAACAAUAUGACACCAUACAUUACAAAUGGUUCCUGAAUGACUAUAUGAUCAGCAAUGAAACAGAAACCUCCAUGAAAAGAAAAGUGGCAGAAACUAAAAACCUGCCUGUUUCCUGUGAAGUUGGCAACAAAGUCAGUUCUGCAAAAAGUGACUCUUUGACUCACACCUGCAUUGAACCUGUGAAAAAGCCUGAAAUAAAUGGAACAUGUAAAGAUUCAGAGGUCAUCAUUACCUGCCUUGCACCUCAGCAGCCUGAUAAUGCUCAGUUCAAGUGGCUCCAGGAUGGCGAAGUCAUCGUCAACGAAACAGAAAUGUCUCUGACAAUAAGCUCUGCAGAAAGCAAAAACAAGAAUUUCUCCUGUGAAGUUUACAACCAGGCCAGUUCUGAAAAAAGUGUCUCCUUUAGUCACAGCUGUGUUGGCUCUACUUUUCUAGGCCUCCCAGUGGAGCUCUUUGGAGUUAGCAUCUGGGUUUAUAUUGGUGGUGGAGCAGGUGUUUUAGUUCUGAUAAUCAUCAUCAUCAUUCUGUGUUGUGUUGAAUGUAAGACGAAAAGAAGGAAGAACGAUGAGGCGGAGCUUGAGUACCGAGCAGCAGGACGUUCUUCGUGACUAUAUGAUGGGCACCGUUCUGUCAAAUUUUAAUUAGAGUUUGAUGGGUUAAUUGAUAGUAACCCGUCCUCCCCCUGAAACAUACUUCACAUAUAUCAUAUGAUGGGAACUUUGUGACCUCCUAACCUCCCUCAGUGACCAUCUGCUCACCAUUAACUCCUCCCAAACUCAAAGCCCACAGAUAGCUAGAAUAAUUGUAAGUAAAUAAUGAAUAAAUAAAUAUGCUAUAUUCUAAACCAUGUUGAAAUAGAUUAGAAAUGUUGUAACUACCUAUGGUUUUAAACAGAUUGUCUUCUUGAUACACAGUGUUGGUAUUAAAUGCCUUUAACUUUUGUUCCAUAAGAGACGGAGAAACCAGAGAGUCUUGCUGCGUGUGCGUGCCUGUGUAUCUGUCCUCAAGCAUAAGAAACCCGCAGGAUAUGUCUGACAAUCAUUCAGACAAUAGCUUACGGUGCAUUAUUUGGUGUUGGACUACAGAUAAGUGCUGGAUCAUAACAGGAUAUUAUAUAACCUAUAGCAAGGAAGAGGGGCUGACCUCUAAUCCUGAAGCCGGUGAUGGCUGCCCCAGGAUACAUUAGGCAAACCUUCUGAAGGAAAAAUCAUACUCUUUAACAGGACAUAAGAAAACCUAUAGCAUGGGAAGCGGGGCUGACCUCUGCCCUGCACACCAAAGCAUUUGUGUGUGUGUGUGUGUGUGUCCCUGCAUAAGAGCGGGUAGAUGCCUCUGAAGGAAAACAACAGUUUAACUGUAGCACGACUAGUCAGUGCUGUCUGAGUUUGUAAUUUCCUUCAUCCGUUCUGAAAACAGUCGCUUAAAUUUUAAACUCUAUAGAUACUUUUCUGUAACACCUCCUAGUGUGAUACAUUUCAGUAAAAGUUCCUUAUCUGUAAUUGUAUUUCUUAAGAAAAUGACAGGUAGUAAACAUGCCCAGGUGAGGCUACUCAUAUUUAUCUUUCAGUUUUCCCCAAAGUUGAAAGUUUUUACAGUGCACAACCACCCUCCAAGAGUUGCUUCAACAUGGUAAAUUGUUUUGUUACCUUUAAAAUUAUCUACAGCUUUUGUCUCUGACUGAUACGCUGCAUGUUUUUCUUGGUCCUAAUGAUUCUUUCCCUCCAUCCAAUAUCUUACACGCUUAAGUGUGUUCACUAACAAAAUAUAGUACACCUGUAGUUGUUGAAGGUUCCAUUACUAAAGCUUAGAAAUGAUCAAUGUCAACCAUACGUCUGUAUUAAAAUAUUUAGUACAAUUUGUAUUAUUUAGAUUUGAUGUUUUGAUGUGAGCACUUGGAUUUCUAUCAAUUUAUUGAAU